CAGACUGUCAAAUCAAGGCUCUCCUUCAAUAUAAAGUUGUUUUUGACGAAAGCUUGUCAGUUUGAAAAUAACUUAUCUAAAUUACUUCACAAACCCCAAACACCGGCCUGGUCUGCUUGGUCCCGGAAGUAUCGCGAUGUUGCGCCUCUGGGUUUAGAAACUCUGUGGUUUUACUGCCACUCCGAUACCUCUCCUUUGCUCUCUCUCAAUAUUCCCAUCCCCCCACUUUGUGUGGAUGUCGACGUUACCAAAACGCUACUUAGAGAACCCACCGAAGUAAACCUUGGAGAAAACUGCCAGCACUGAUCAAGGGAAAACAGUGACAACACCGAACUCGGCAUAUAAUUAAAGGCAAGGUGCUCCUCGAUAACAAAUUCCCUUUGACAUUUGAUUUGCAUUGCCAUUUCCUCCUCCGCUCCUACACUAGCAUUGCCCCGAGAAUGGCCGGCGGGCACCCCACCAACCAAUUCAGUUUCUUGUACCAACCAGAAAGUGCUCAGAACCUGAAGAGUAAGGGUAGACUAUCUUCCAACAUGAAUCCUGUGUACAGUCCUGUCCAGCCCGGGACACCGUACGGCAACCCUAAGAACAUAGCAUACGCAGGCUAUCCUGCAGGUUAUCCUCAGACUCCUACCUACACACCCAACCUCUACCAGACUGGCAGCCCAGGCUAUCCCCAAGUGCUGCUGGUGAAGCAGGGCUGGCCCCAGGCCUCCGGUGCUGCAGGGGCCCUAGAGGGCUCCUAUGACCUGGCCAUGGACGCGGGCUCAGAGGGCCGCCAGUACCAGGCCUCAGCCGCAGCUUUCAGAUACACUGCUGGGACACCCUACAAGGUGCCCCCUGGCCAGUCCAAUGGGGCGCCCCCUCCGUACUCCCCAUCCCCUAACCCCUACCAGACGGCCAUGUACCCAAUCAGAAGUGCCUAUCCCCAACAGAACCUCUACGCUCAGGGUGCGUACUACACACAGCCGAUGUAUGCGGCUCAGCCUCACGUCAUCCACCACACCACGGUGGUGCAGCCCAACAGCAUCCCCUCCACCCUCUACCCUGCCCCCGUCCAACAACCCCGCUCCAACGGCCACAUGGCCAUGGGCAUGGUGGCUGGCACAACCAUGGCCAUGUCUGCUGGUACUCUGCUGACCACGCCUCAGCAUGCCACUCAGCACAUCGGUGGGCAUCCGGUCACCCUGCCAACGUACCGGCCCCAGGGGACGCCUGGGUAUAGCUAUGUGCCUCCUCACUGGUAGACCCCACUGGACCCCAUUCAUAUCGGGAGUCACUCACAAUAACUCAAGUCUUACAUUGGUGCAGGAGGCCUGGCAUACAAGCACCAAGUCUGUCUGCAAGAACAAAAAACUAAAGUGCAAGGAUCACUUUAUGCAUUCUUUUGUGAUUUGGAAAAGCUGCUUUUUCAUGUUUUUAUUAUUUUUGACCAGCCUCAGUUUUUUGGGGAUUAGUUUCUUUGAUUUUGACUCUCUUAUAAUCCAGACACACACUGACCAACAGUACGGUACAUUUAUAGUACAUUUGUGCUUAUUUUUUAUGUGUGUGUGUGUAUUUUUGUGUUCUGAACACUGGUUCUGACGCAAAGCCAGUCCCUUCGCCGUGAGAUUGUACACGUAUUUGUAUGCUGCCAAAUUCUAAUGUUGGAGAAAAAAACAACAUACUUUUUCAGGCGAGUACCGGUAGUUUAUUUACUUGGGGGGGGGGGGAAGCACCGUACAAGUGUCACGCCUCAAUUUCCUUUCACCCUUUUUGAUUUGCCUUCCCAUUUGUGUUUACGUUCACACACAAUCACAAGAUAAUAAGGGUCGUCUUCCAGCUUGUAGCAUCAGUGCAUUAACUUGGCUUCUUUAAUAUUUUACCCACUAUAUCAGUCAAGUUGGGUGCACAUUUUUGUUUUUUUGCCCUAGCACUACGCAGCUGAUUAAAAUAACCAACUCAUCAAGCUUUGAUUAUUUGAAUCAGCUGUGUAGUACUAGGGCAACAAAUUACAUGUGCACCCAGAGGGGACCCCGGAACCGACUUUGGGAAACCCUGCACAAGGAGAAAGACUAAUACGUACCAUAAUAGUUACACACCAUGUAGAGGAUAUUUUCAGUAAGUUCAGUGGACAUAGUUAGCUUGUAAGUCUACUAGAGUAGAGUAAGAAAUUGAAAUAUCUAUACAUGACUAUAUUAUAUAUAGGUAUACUGAUGUGACAGCGAGCGCCUGUGCGCGUUUGUAGUUCUUUUGUACACAUAAAAGCUUGCCGAACAUGCAAACGCACUCGCAUUUAGGUAUUUCAGUUGGCAUGCGUAAGGUGCGCACUGACACACUUGCUCACAGAUAUACAUUACAGAUGUAUAGGACAUCGCACACAUUUUAAAAGUGUAGAUGGUAGAGGAUGCGAUGGAUAGAUGACUGGAUAGGGUCGUAAAGUGUAGAUGGUAGAGGAUGCGAUGGAUAGAUGACUGGGUCUCCCUCGUACCUUGCAGGCUGUUGUGAACUGAAUCCAGUUCUAGUGUCGUAUCAACGAAGGUGCAUGGAGUUCGAGGGGUGAGGCAAAUUGUCAGUAGGACCAGGGAUAGCUAAGAUUCAAAAGGGAUUUUAAAGUCAAUAGCUGGCCGACACAAGAACAGCAGACUUAAGAGGGAGAAAGGAGGAAAAGGAAGAAACUAAUCUAAAUCUAAAUUGUUUGGUGGUCAAGUAUCAAUACCCAUAGCCCUGUGCUGCAUGCCUCCCAUCAAUCCCACAGGCUAGAGAUCAGUGUUAUUCGCAAUAAAGAUCCCAUGUGAUGUCAUGUUUACAUGUUUAAUAGAGAUUUAGCCCCUGAUCAGAGUGUCAUCAGUUCAUCAGGUGACCAGGAGAGGGCAGAAGUGAGGGGUGCAGGGCCCCCUAUUCCUUACCAAUAUAGGGCUCUGGUCAAAAGUAGUACACUAUAUAGGGAAUAGAAACCUGACUGACCUCAACACAGAUGUGUCCCAAGAGAAUUGUGUUCCAGAGAAUUGUCGUCUGGUCUCUAUGUGUAUGUUUCUGAGUAGUCCAUGUAAUUGAAACUAGUUCACCAGUCUGGUGAAUGCUUUUAAACAACGGCAGGUGGAAAAACACUUUAUUUUGGACCUUUUUGGUCUCAUACAAUUAGUGAAAGGAAACAUUUUGUUUGCAUGUUGGUCAACCUGCUACCUUGCUAGGCCCUCCCUCCCUUCAGAGUAGGUAAUAGAACAGGCCCAGGACAUAAUUGUUUCCAGGGCAGACACCAUGGAAGGAAGUUAGGAUCGUGAAGGGAAUCAUGCGUAUGAGGGAAAGAUUUGUGUUGAAACAGGAAAUUGGGGGAAAAAAUUGAAUGGUUUCAUGUCCCUUUAGUCUGUGGGGCAAAAACCAUGUGACUGGGGCACUGGGUUGGGAGAGGUCCGUGUGGGACAUGUGUUGACUUCCAAAUCGAACCCUAGCCCCCAGGGUUGGGCUCAAUUCCAAUUUUAUUUAAAAUUUCAAUUAAAUUAUUGAAUUCACUAUGAAAUGGUGAAUUUGCUGAAUUAAAUUUGAAUUUAAAAAAAUUGGGGAAUUUUAUGGAAUUGUCAUUCAAUAUUUGUUAGUUGAUGGAACUAAUGCACUUAGUAUAGAAAAUGGACUGCAGGAUUUGUGUUGAAUCAUUUCAACUUGUAAUUUUUGGGGAUAAUAUUGAAUUAUGAAUUGAAUUAUUGGAAUUGACCGAACAUUGGAAUUGACCGAACAUUGGAAUUGAGAGGAAUUGAAUUAUCUCUGGAUUCAUUGACUGACCUGGCAUUUGAAUUGUAUUUAUUGGAAUUUACAGGGAGAGGGAAUUGAAUUAGUGGAAGUAACCCCAACACUGCUAGCCUCAACUCCCUCCCUAGUCCCUACAACUGCAGACCUGAGAAGAUUGGGAUAGGUGAACGCAAUAUGGCUGACAUUUCUACCUAGCCAAUCAGAAGGCAAGAUGAAGCUUUUACUGUAACACGUACAGUCCGCCUAGAUACACAGGAGUGGCUAGCGAUCCAUUUGGAAUUUAUAAAUGGAGUUGGCAAGGAAACAGGGUUCAGCUUGGGUUGAGAGGAGGAGUUCCAUACUCUGCUAUUAUGGUUCAGCACUAGCUUACUGUGUCAUGACCACAUAUCAGUUAUCAUGUGAGUGUGUAAAAAAGGUAUUGCACAAACAUCUAAAAGUAAUAAUCUAUGCUAAAUAACAGGUACUUAGCUCAUCUUUUAAGAGACAUCUUACAAUUUCUUAAGAGUUAAUUUAGUUCAGUGCAUUUUGAUAGUGUACUCUUUGGUCUCAAUAAACUGUACAUUUAAGAUAUCUGUUGUGAAUAAUUGCUACUGCUUCUUUCAAUCUGUUACAAUUAGUUAACCACUACGUACAAUUCAAAAUGCUAUUUUAUUUGCUGCCAUGUUACCAGUAAAAAAAAGAACAUAAAGGUGUCCUGCACCCAAAAUAUUACAAUUUAUAGAGUAUCAUUCACUAGUGAAUGGGGUAUAGAUGUGUGUGUUGACAGUGUGAGGAAAGUUAUCAGUGGGCAGUGUGGUAUCAGACCCUCACCUCCCGUGUAGUGUGUCCGUGUGAAGCAUGUAUGUAGUCCUGUGUGAAUUUCCUCCCAAAAUUGCACUGGUCAGGCUGUAGAGCUAACGUGGCCCAACCUCCACAAUCCCCUGUCAGUAGCAUAUCACAAAGCCAAAUAGAACAAGAACAUUGAAAACAAGUCUCAAAUGUACAUUUAUUGUGCUACAUUUUGGGGGGGCAUGAGAGCAAAGAAACACAAACAACAAGACAACUUUUUUUUUUGAGACCAUUGACAAAUAUUGUUUUGUAGUGCUAUUCACUAGAACAUGUAAUGUGAUGCAAGAACUGAACAAGGCAUAUGACUAGUUGCACAGGCCCAAAUUUAUGUGAAUGCUAUGCUGAGUGCUAAAUAUCUGGAGGUUCAAAACCUCCAAAAUAAACAUGUGUACUACGAGUAUAACCUCUGUGUUAAAAAAAAGGAUUAAAAGAAUGAUACACUUUUCAUUUCUGGUAUGUAAUUUAAGAGCUUUUUACCAUAAGUGUUAUUUAAGGUUUUGUUGAUUGAUUGAUGUUUAUUAUUCUUAAAAUAGAAGAUCAUUAUGGUUGAGCUGAUGUGGGUUGUCUCUUAGGGCUUCAGGGGGCAUUUCAGAACACAAGUCUGUAGGAUGAGUGGAGCAGAUGUGGGGAGGGGCACAAUCUGGCAACAUGGUCAGAAACGACUGGCAUACAGUCCCCACUCGCUGGCCUUUCCCCUCAAACACCCAGGGCAUUGAAACACGAGAAAUGUUCCCAGAACCUAACUGACACCAUAAACAGAUGUUCCCUGAACAUCUAGGGAACCGAAUGUGUUAACUGGGCAUACUGUAGACUGAAAUCUAGCCUGGAGUCAAGUCCUUACACUACAAUUCAUGUUGAUUGAAAAAUGUUAAAGGGUCCAGAGAUUGUGGAUUGAUACAUGAGAUGUGUAAACGGGGGAUGAAAAGUCCUUUUGCUACAGUAUGUUUCACCGCUGUUCACUUCAUGUUAUGUGUAACAUCCCUGCAACGUAGCAAAUUCAGUCUGCAAUUUUAAGAGCAGGGAGCUGCCCUGGGUGUCUCGUUGCCUGGAGGUCGAGAAGCACCAAUGUUGAACAUGAAAGCGUAACAAUCCCUAUGCCUUUUCUGUUUCCUUUGGUCACGAUGAACUUCGGCCUUGUCAAACUUUUGAUUUGAACACUAAUUUCGAGAGAGGGAAGUAUACUCGUCUUCACAAAAAAGUAUCUAUUUUUAAGACCGACUUUAUAAGAGUCAGCACCUUGAGAUUAAAACUACUUCCCAACUAAUGGCCCCCAGAGUCUUUGCUAUGUUCUGUCACUACGUUGCUGGCAGAACGUUUUAUAACAUGCGGUUGGGACGUUCUUGAAGCAAAGACCCACAUCAGACUUGUGUAUAUGAAGUGUAAAUCUGUUUUUGUUCUAAUGAGGAUCGGAUAGUGGUUCUGGUGACAAGGCAAGUUUGUAAUUGUAUACUACUUACUGUACGAUGUAGAACAUUCAAUAACUAUUAAAAUAUUUCCCAAAAA